AACGGUGAUUACAAUGGUUAGCAUGGUGCUAAUUGGUAACUCCCAAAACAUGCCAGAUGGAAAUAUAUUGCCUUCUAAUAAAAAGAUAGGAAAAAUCUCCCUCUCCAUCUCCCUCGUCUUCCACACCACCGACCAAUUUCCUUCUUCCUCCUCCUUUUCUUCUCCGAUUCUUCUUGUCUGGCUCUUCAAUUUGACUAGAUAAUUUGUCGAAAAUUCCAAAUAUGAGAUGUCGAGAGUCAUUGUGGCAAAGAAACCUAAUUACCUCUGCUCCCAAUCCCAUAUCUCUACCGCCGUGAAAUCCACCAUCUCCUACACCAUUGCACGCUCCUUCCCUUCUGUCUCUGACACCCUCUCCUCCACCAGCUGUCGUCGCCGCUUCUCCACCCUUUUCGUCAGCCUUUUUGGCACCGUCUCCUUCGACGUUGUCGUUAAAUGUGGCAUCGCGCUAGUUCAUCUCCUCUUCUCCAACAUCUUCAUCACUUUUCCGAUCUAAGAUUAAGAAAUCUCUGGAGCUUCCAAAAUAGAGGAACAAGGAAGGUGAACCUCGAGAAGCAAGUCUUCACCGCAUCGAGAGAGCAAAAGAUAUGUAAAGAGGUUUUAUUGAUGAAGCUCUAGUUAUGAUCUCUCCAAUACGCUGGGUUGAAGAUGCAUAGACGAGGGACAGGAACAAUCUGCCAUUCCAUAGCAGGUCCCCGAUAUAACUUAGCCGCUUCUCGACUACGGGUUUUCAUUGAGUGAACCAGGUGGUCGACGGUAACGCCCAGAUUAGAUAUGGGAAUGAUAAUUUUUUUUCAGAUUUGGAACAAUUAAAACUUCGCAGACAAUAACUGAGGGAAUGGUCACCGAUCAGAAAAUGGGGUUUUCUAUCUAAAAUUGUGGGAAUGAAAUAGAAUGGAGGGCUUUUAUGGGUGUAACGUAGGUAUGAACAAAGGAUAAAUUGGUUUGGAGGCAUUUAGAAAUCAAGUUGGAUUUGGGUUUCUGAGGGAGAGGCAACAGUUUGAAUCCAACCCUAGAAUUUCCCUUUUGAAUCUACAUCGAUGGGGAAAGCUAUGAAGCGAUGAGGAUACAAGCGGCGGGCGGUGCAGGAGUUGGUGGAUGGGGAAGGGUUCGCGACGUGGUGGUGGUGAGGGAAUAUUUUUGGGAGAUUUUUGUUUUGUUUUUUUAAAGGUUUUUAGGGUGCUUACAUGGCAUCCAUGUGGUAUCUACGUAGCAAGUCAGGUCUAGCAAUUGCUGACGUGUAUGUUGAGGUGAUUUUUUUUACAAAGUGAUUUUUUAUUAAAUUAUUAUUAUAUUG